UCCAAACGUUCUGAACACAUCUUUUCAAACAGACAAGAUCAACUGCAGAUUUAACAACUGAAUCUGCAUUAUAAACAGCUGUAAAGAUGGAGUUUAUUAAAGUGGAGUUUGUGGAUAUGAGUGAUCAAGAAGCAUCAAGCAGAAUGCAAUGUGAGGAUGAUGAGAAGCAAAGAGACCUGAUGGAAGUGAAAGAGGAAAGUCAAGAACUGAAUGAAGAAGUGGAGGAGAAACAUCAGUAUCAGGAACCUCAUAACGUCACAACUGGAGAAAAAUUAUUUAGUGGCUCACAGACUGAAAAUGAACUCUUAGAAAAAAUAAUGGAAUCCAAAAAUCCUUUCACAUGCCCUCAGUGUGGAAAGAGUUUUCUUCGUAAAGGACUCCUCAAUGAUCACAUAAAAAUUCACACUGGAGAGAAACCUUUUACAUGCCAUCAGUGUGGAAAGAGUUUCGUGCGUAAAGGAGUCCUCAAUGAACACAUAAGAAUUCACACUGGAGAAAAACCUUUCACAUGCCAUCAUUGUGAUAAGAGUUUUCUGCGUAAACCAGCCCUCCGUAAUCACAUAAGAAUUCAUACUGGAGAGAAGCCUUUCACAUGCCACCAUUGUGGAAAGAGUUUCAAAACUAAAGGAACCCUUCAGACUCACAUAAGAAUUCACACUGGAGAGAAGCCUUACACAUGUGAUCAGUGUGGAAAGUGUUUCACAGAGAAAGCAAAACUAAGGCAUCACUUAAGAAUUCACACUGGAGCAACGCCUUUCACAUGCACAGAGUGUGGAAAGAGUUUCACACAAACAGAUAGUCUUCGAUAUCAUUUGCUCUCUCAUGCAGGAGUAAAGCCAUUUAAAUGUGAUCAGUGUGAUAAAACAUUUAUUUUGGCAUCGUACCUAAGAAGACACAUGCAAGUUCAUGCAAAUGAGAGGCCUUACUUGUGUUCUCUCUGUGGAAAGAGUUUUUCACGGCUGGACUGUUUUAAACUGCACCAUAAAGUACAUACUAGCGUGAAGGCUCAUGUGUGCUCUGAGUGUGGGAGUAGCUUUCGUAGAGCUAGCGACUUAGAACGACACAGAAGAAUUCAUACUGGAGAAAAACCUUACAAGUGUUCACAUUGUGAAAAGACUUUUAAUCAAUUAGGACUACUGAAAAUCCAUGAGAGAGUGCACACUGGAGAGAAGCCAUUCUGCUGCACUUUGUGUGGGAAGAGUUUCAGCACAUCAAGUGCUCGAAUGAUUCAUAAGAAAAAGCGUUGUCCAAAAUUGUCAAAGUAAGCGAAAUUCAUCUUCUGGUUCAAAGUUUUUUUUUAAAUAGUGUGAAGUUCAGAUUAACCCAAACAUGGCAAUUCUGCCUAAAGAGCAGUUUAUCCACAAGGGUAAUUUGCUAAAAUACAUUACCCGUAUUGGUAAAGUUUGUAACAGAAAUGUAUACAGAGAACAAAUCACUUAUGCUGUGUUCCAUUCAACUCGGGAAGUCAGAAUUUCCUACUAGGAAAAGUGCAAUGGAAUGCCACUUGAAGUCGGACUUCCAACUUGGAAAGUGCGGUAGUACUCCGCUCAGAUUUUGCCGAGAUGCGGGUGCGUGACAUCACAUAAACAUGUUGGCACCCAGGGAGAUUUACAGAGUCAAUGACAAACAUUCACUUUUAUUAAAUAAUAUCCAUUAAUGAGUCAAAGUUCCUAGUUAAACUUGUUUAGCAAACGUUUGCAGAGACAUGAGACAAAUUAUACUUUCUUUUGAAAAUCGCACACCUGUUGAACAAACCCUAGCAUUUUAGCAUCGGUUAUCAGUUUGGUUGCUAGGAGACAUCCUUGUUGACAAUCGAAUACUGUACCUGCUAAGCUAACGUGGAGACUAUAGAGAGCAACAUUCUGGUUCCUGAAGUAAAAAUCCCAUUCAUUUCUUCCAUAGACAACUUAUAAAACUUUAAAGACAGACCUACCGUGAUCACCGAGAUUGUUCAUUUAUGGAAUAUGCUUCCUUUGAAGCCAACCAUGUGCAUUAUUUCAACUUCAUUAUUUAAAAAUCAUCUUUGGAGUCACGUGAUGCAAUGCAAGUGGAAGAAGCCUAGAGGCAAGCUCCGCUUCACUUUGCUACAAUUAUCUUUUUAAUCAAUAUUACUCAGUGAGAACUGAAUUAGUUUUGAUUGCUAAACUGAGCUGGGAGUGUAGGAUGUCGAAGAAUUAGAAAUCGUCGGCCUAUGGGGACAUUAAAAAGCAUUUAUGUUCGUACACGUCUGACGCCUCUCAUGAUCAAGAUGCCGGGUGUCCGGUGGGGAAUGACAGUGUGCCUCACGAUGUAGGUCAAGAUAUUGUGAACAUUUAUGCAGGACUAACGAAAAUCUUGACCGACAUGGAGGGCCUCAAGGAAAUGUAUCGAGCGACCACAUCAGUGGAGGAGAAAUUUUCCAUCCUUAUCACAAGAAUAGACAAGGUUGGAAAUCGAGUCGAAUUUCUGGAAGUGGCCAAAAAAGAUCUGCAGACUAACCCACCGGUCACCAAAACUGAUUUGGAUCAGGUGUGGGAAAAACUGGAGGAUAUGGAAAAUCAAAGCAAACAUAAUAAUGUUCCUUUCAUUGGAAUCCCUGAGGGAAAGGAAGGUCAAGAUAUGGUCAAGUACAGAGCUCUUGGUCAGCUUACCAAAGUGGGUGACAGGCCCCGAUCCAUUCUGGCAAGAUUCUUGCGGUCAGCAGACAGAGCCUUUUUUUAUGUGUGGCAAGGAAUAAAGGCAAGUUGUGCUGGGAGGAUGACAACAUUAUUGUUUUUCCGGACUUCACCAGAGCGACACAAGCGAAACGGGAUAGAUUCAAAGAGUGUAAGAAGUUACUUCACGAACAGGAGGUGAGAUUUGCUUUGCUUUACCCGACAAAGCUGAGAAUUGAGGCCAAGGAUGGACGCAAGACUUUCAUAUGCCCAUGAGAAGCUAUGGCCUUCAUUAAUUCAAUGGAGUGAGUAGGUGGCUUUGCCCACGCUGAAUCAGCGGUAUGGACUACACAUCGUGCAUUUUGCUGAUGCAGUCUGAGAGGGUUUAUUAUUUGGUUGAUUGCCCACUGUUUCUCUCUCUCAUCUACUUUUUUAUAAUUUUUUCUCUUUUAUUUACUUUUUGAGUUUAUUUUGUGGGUUCGAUGUUGUUGUUUACUGGGGCCUAUUUCACUGAAAACAUUUAUGUGCAGUUCAAUGGUACAGUUUACGGGAAAAAAACACUUUAAUGAAGUAGCAAUGGGCUCAUGGAAAAUCUCGUGAGCGUGCAUGGACCAUUGGAUUUCUGGGGGAUGGACACUAGUUGAGACUGCUAUGCGCAAGGUUGAAGUUCUGUUCUGUGGGUUAUUAAGGAUUUUAUGGUUACAUCAAUUUUGGAUAGUGGUCUAUAUAAUUUAGCCUUGGGUACUAAAUUUUUCUUUGCAUGUCAAUAUGUCACACUUUAAUAUAGGUAAAAUGUUUCUCUCCAUGUGGAAUGUUAAUGGGCUUGGACACCCUAUAAAAAGGAAGAUUGUAUCUUUUCUUAAGCGUAAAAAAUUGAUAUAGUGUUCUUUCAAGAAACACCUUCACAGGAAGCUGAAAACCUUGGUAGGGCAUGGGGUGGGCAUGUGUUUUGCAGUGCUGGUUUGUGUUAGAGCAGGGGAGUCAUCACAUUGAUAAGUAAGCAUUUACAAUUUAAAUGUCUCAAACAGAUUAAAGAUAAUUUAGGAAGAGUCAUUAUUGUUUUGGCUAAAAUACAGGAGCAAAAUCUUAAUUUGGCUAAUAUUUAUGCACCCAAUGCUGAUGUUCAGAAUUUUUUUUUUUUAUAGAUCUUGAGGGAAAGUUACAAGUAGCUGGGAUCUUCCAUGAUAUGGUUUUGGGUGGAGACUUCAAUCUGUUAAUGGAUCCGGUCCUUGAUCAUAGUAAUGCAAAAGUGUGUAGACCCUUUAUGUUGACACUACAGAGGAUGUGGAAAAAUAUUUUACAGACAUAUGGAGACUUCUGAAUCCAUCUGGGAGGGACUACACCUUUUUUUCAUCAGUUCAUAAGAUUUAUAAUUGGAAAAGAGUAUUAAAAGUGCUGAAAUGGGGCCUGGGUAGCUCAAUGGUAAAGACGCUGGCUACCACCCCUGGGGUUCGCUAGUUCGAAUCCCAGGGUUUGCUGAGUGACUCCAGCCAGAUCUCCUAAGCAACCAAAUUGGCCCGGUUGCUAGGGAGGGUAGAGUCACAUGGGGUAAUCUCCUCGUGGUCGCUAUAAUGUGGUUUGUUCUCGGUGGGGCGCGUGGUGAGUUGAGCGUGGAUGCCGCGGUGAAUGGCGUGAAGCCUCCACACAUGCUAUGCCUCCGUGGCAACGCGCUCAACAAGCCACGUGGUAAGAUGCGUGGGUUGACGAUCUCUGACGCAGAGGCAACUGGGAUUCGUCCUCCACCACCUGGAUUGAGGCGAAUCACUACGCGACCACGGGGACUUAGAACGCAUUGGGAAUUGGGCAUUCCAAAUUGGGUGGAAAAAAGUAAAAAAAAUAAAACAGAGCUGAAGCACUGAAUGUCAUCCAAUGGUCUUAGAGAGUUGACUCAGCUAAAAUAUAGGUACAAUACAAUUUUGUCACAGAAGGUAGAGUUUUAGUUAUUCAGGGCAAGACAGACAUACUUUGAGUCGGGAGAAAAGACAGGGAAAAGAGGUUUUUUCCACCAUUCCUUCAGUGAAGUCAUCUGGAGGCAAUAUAUUUACUUCUGCCACAGAUAUUAAUAAGGCCUUUAAAGAAUUCUAUUUUGAUUUUUAUAGUUCCAUGUUUUUGUCUAUCGAUAAGGAUGUUAGCAACUUCGUAGAGCCAUUAGAACUUCCUAAAUUGAUGACUGAUCAAAAAUACUUUCUUUACUCAUAUAUUACUUUUGAGGAGCUUGUUGAGGUAAUUAAAGCCUUCCCAACAGGUGAGGCACUGGGGCCAGAUGGUUUUGCCGCAGAAUUCUUUAGAUCUUAUGUCACAGAACUGGCUCCAUUUAUGUUAGAAGUUUACACAGAGUCAUUAAAGAAAGGUGAACUUCUGCCAACCAUGACACAAGCCCUGAUCAGUCUCAUUCUUAAAAAACAUAAAGACCCAAAUGAAUGUAAAAGUUAUCAUUAAAUUUUGCUGAUCCAUUUAGAUGUAAUUAUAUUGUCUGAAAUUCUGGCUAAUCGAUUAAGCAGAAUGAUCAGACCCUGAUUGCUGCCAUCUCACUUGAUGCUGAGAAGGCGUUUGAUAGGGUGAAAUGGGAAUAUCUUUUUAAGAUUUUGGAAAUGUAUUGUUUUGGAAGACUUUAAUUGGGUGGAUUAAGUUACUUUAUAAACAACUGUUAGCGGCAAUGCAAACUAAUGGAUUCAUUUCAGAUUAUGUUUCUCUUGGUAGCAGAACCCGGCAAGGAUGUCCUCUCUUCUCUUUAUUAUUCUGUCUUGCCCUGGAAACAUUAGCAGCCGCAAUAAGACGAGAGGAUGAUUUUACUGGUAUUGUAGCAGGAGGUGUGGUGCAUAAACUUCCACUCAAUGCAGAUGAUAUAUUAUUAUUUGUCUCUGACCCUAGUAGAUCUAGGCCUAGUCUCCAUAGGAUUAUUAAUUAUUUCUCCAAAUUUUCAGGAUAUAGGGUGAAUUGGUCUAAAUCAGAAGCUCUUGCUCUGACAGCAUAUUUCCCUGCCACAGCUUUCCAUCCUGGCACCUUUCAAUGGCCCAAGCAAGGCAUUAGGUAUUUAGGCAUUUUAUUUCCAGCAAAUUUGAGAGAUUUAGUUAGUUAAUUUUGACCCACUAAUGAAAAGGUUCUCAUGUAAUAUUGACAGCUGGGCUUUACUACAUUUGUCUAUGACUUUUGGAGGUAGUACACACAGCCCCCUAAGGCUGCAGACACACUGUGUAUGGUGCUCACAGCCUUUGGAAAGGAGCAUGAAGUGUUAGUGUAUUAUUCCUCGUUGAUUCAGAGUCUUGGUGAUGGAGCCUUAACAGCUCUUAAGAGGUUAUGGGAAAGAGAUUUGAACUUUGUAUUGGAGGAUGGGGAGUGGGAAAGAAUAAUUUUUUUUUUUAAACUAUGUCUAGGGAUGCAAGGGUAUGCCUUAUUCAGUUUAAGAUCUUGCAUCAUUUCUACUGGACUCCCUCUAGAUUGUUUAGGCUUGGUUUAAAAGACACACCUAUCUGCUGGAGAUGUCAGUUGGAGGAUGGAGACAUAGCCCAUGCUUUGUGGUUCUGCACUAAGAUUCAAGAAUUCUAGGUAAGAGUCCAGAAUUUUGUCUGUGAGGCUUUAGACACUCAAAUUGCAUUCUGCCCUAGACUAUGUAUAUUGGUUGAUGGGGCGGAUCUUAAAGUAGGUGAUAAAUUUACAAAAAGCUGGGUCCAAACUAGUGUAAUAAUUGGCAGACAGAUAAUUCUUGGAGGAUGGAAGUCAAAAGGCACUCCAUCAUUUCAAGAAUGUAUGUAAUUAUAAUGGGGGUUAAAAAGGGAUAAUAGUUGAUUCUGUUCAUAUAUAUUAUGCUUUAUUUUGUGUUAUGUUGAAGAAUCAAAUAAGCGUUAAUCUUGGCUAUUGAAAAUGUAACAUUUUAAUUUAAUUCUGCUCAGAUGCCAUCACUAAUUCCCUGUCCUCUAAGUGGUAUAUUUAUAUGGGUAUUUCAUCUAAGUAUUAAUGAAAUGACUAUGCAAAAUGAAAAUAAAUAAAUAAAAUAAUAAUUUGUGUGCUUGUGCAAAUAUUUACACUAUACGUAUGGUAUAUAUGUGCUUGUGAUUAAUCGUGAAUGUAUUAUGUAAUUAUUUAAAAAUUUUUAUUCAAUUGACUGCCUAGAGUUUGUAUAUGACUUAAGAAUGUGUGAACAUAUGGCAUGGUGGCAUGGUCUUUGAGGAUUAAACUCAUACCUUUUUUAAUUACUUGUAAACAAAAGCAGCUUUUUAA